AUGUCGAGUAGUGAAUUCAGCGACUUCGAUGAUGAUGACAUCCUCCCUGUUGUUAAUGACGCCACUUCCGCUGAUUUUUCAGCUGCCAGUUCUGACAGCUCUCGAGCCCCGAAACGAAGACGGUUGAGCCAUUCCCAGACAAGUGACAAAAGAGACGCUCGCACUUCUUGGGGUACCCUCAGCGGAACGGGGCACGAGAGCGGCCAUGAAUCAGGCCAAAGCCAAGACACUCUGCCAUCGCUUCAUCGAGCACCGGUUGCCAGGCACAGGGAUGAAAUUAAUACAAAGCCAACCGGUCCAAAGUACAAAAUAUAUCAGCCAAAACACCCCCGUGCCCAAGAACCGACUUUCGUUACUCAGUUGACCCAACCUCCAUCGAGCCCAUCGAUAAUCCGUGGACCUCGGUGGAAGAAGCCUGGCCCAGAGGACCUUGCUGUAAAACGUGCUCCAACUCCCGUCAUUGACAGGAGUCGGAAUAUUCCGGAGACAAACAAUAACGAUAUGGAUGGGGAUUUAAGAGUUGCCAUUGCCGCAUCUCUGGAAUCUUUUCGAAGAGAAAACAAAGGAGACAUGGGACCAUGUCCUAAUCCUAAAGAACGAAAAAGUCCCGUCUCAUCCAAUUCUAAUUUUGGGCCUCAGGAUGCGUUUUUUGAUAUUGGAGAUAUCCCUGAAGACGCCUUCGACUCUUCCCUGGAUUCAUCGUCUGGUUCGCCCCAAAAGACUCCCGUUUUAGUUCCAUCGUCCCAGCCUUUUCCUUCUCAAUCCUCAUUCCGUCGACAAGGUAGUUCUCAGCAGAAAAAUUUGCGGCAGAUGACAUUAUUUGGUGGGCCUUCUCAGACUAUCAAGCCGUCAUCAUCGUCACAAUCCAUCUCACACAACUGGCCCUUCGUAAGCCGUAACGAACCUCCAACACAUCACAGACUAGAUUCUACUGCCAUAAAAUCUUGGGUAUAUCCAACAAACUUAGGCAAGAAAAGAGAAUACCAAUUUAACAUUACCCAACGCGCUCUGUUUCACAAUUUACUCGUGGCGCUUCCGACUGGCCUUGGGAAAACAUUCAUUGCCGCUACCGUCAUGUUGAAUUGGUUUCGGUGGACUACAGACGCCCAGAUAGUUUUCGUUGCUCCAACAAAACCACUGGUCUCCCAGCAAAUUGUCGCAUGUUUCGGUAUUGCGGGGAUACCUCGGUCACAAACUGUGAUGCUUACUGGGAGUACAGGGCCAGCAAUACGUGCUGCGGAAUGGCAGAGCAAGCGGGUUUUCUUCAUGACACCUCAAACUCUUGUUAACGAUCUUAAAAAUGGACAUGCGGAUCCGAAACGGAUUGUCCUACUUGUCAUUGACGAGGCCCACCGUGCCACUGGUGGCUAUGCCUACGUUGAAGUGGUGAAAUUUCUCCAACAAUACAAUACCAGUUUUAGGGUCCUUGCGUUAACAGCAACUCCCGGGUCAUCGGUGGAAGCUGUCCAAGAAGUGAUCGAUGGCUUGAAUAUAUCUAAAGUUGAGAUACGAACGGAAGAGUCGCUUGACAUUCGUGAAUAUGUUCAUUCACGAAAUAUUGAAAUUGAGACUUUUGAUUACUCUGAAGAUAUGAUCAUGUGCAUGGAUUUAUUCGGCAAGUCGUUGCAGCCCGUCCUGGAUAAACUUCGAAGCCAGAAUGCCCAUUGGGCAAAGGACCCGAUGACUCUUACCCCGUACGGGCUCACUGUUGCCAGGAAGGACUGGUUGAAGUCACCCGCUGGGAGGAAUGCAAAUAAUGGGCUCAAGGGUAUGGUACAUGCCAUUUUCUCGGUACUUUCGAGUUUGGCCCACGCAAUAGACCUCCUGAAAUACCACGGGAUUGGGCCGUUCUACCGCAACCUCGUUUCAUUUCAGAACGCUUUGGGUGCAGGCGGUAGUAAAUACCAACGCCAAAUCGUUGACGAUGAGAAUUUCAAAACGCUAAUGCAUCGGCUGAGGAUGUGGACCAAUAAUGAAGACUUUAUUGGGCACCCGAAACUGGAAUUCCUAAAACGGGUCGUGUUGAACCAUUUCAUGGAUGCGGAAAAAGAUGGGGACGAUUCCCUUGCAAAUAGACAUCCGUCAAGUACGCGAAUAAUGGUGUUUGCGCAUUUUCGUGACAGUGCGGAAGAGAUCGUGAGGGUAUUGAAAAGACACGGUCCGAUGAUCCGUCCACAUGUGUUUGUUGGGCAAGCGGCUGCGAAAGGAUCAGGUGGGAUGGACCAAAAGACACAACUCGAUAUCAUCGAGAAAUUCAAAGAGGGGACAUAUAACACAAUUGUCGCUACCUCCGUCGGUGAAGAAGGCCUUGACAUUGGCGAAGUUGACCUCAUAGUGUGUUACGACUCUUCCGCCUCGCCCAUCAGGAUGUUACAAAGGAUGGGUCGAACCGGAAGAAAAAGAAGAGGGAAUAUUGUCCUUCUUUUGAUGAAAGGCAAGGAAGAAGACUCGUUCACAAAGGCAAAGGAUAAUUACGAGAAAAUGCAACAGAUGAUAGCUAGUGGGGCUCGUUUUACGUUCCACGAUGAUAAGUCUCCACGAAUACUUCCGCGAGAUAUACAUCCUGCAGUGGAUGAACGACAAAUAGACAUUCCAGUUGAAAACUCCCAGACCGAUCUACCGGAACCCACCAAGCGAGCGAGAGUUCCUAAGCGGCUUCCCAAGAAAUUUCACAUGCCUGAUGGUGUUGAAACGGGAUUCACCAAGGCAUCUCGUAUCAGUGGCAUGAAGGUGAGCCGCAAGGCUACUACUGAAAGGCUCCGCAAACCUCCUCCAAAAGUUGUGGAAAUUUUUGACAUCCCGCCAUUGGAUGAAGUUCUUCUUUCGAAGGACGAACGAAGAGAACUCGAACAAAGAUAUUGCAGUAUCGGAGGUACGAGUCCUCAGUUUGUCUCCAGGCCACGAAUUGAUGCCUAUCCGGAGUUUCAAAGAUCUUACCGCCCAACAAAGUUUGUAAAGCACGGGGCCGUCACCUGCCGACUCGUAAAGGCUUUUCAAAAUAUGAAUGCCUUGACAACCGACUGCGCGUACCAUUUUAAAGCUCAUCUACACCCAGAUGACCUAACUGAGCAGUACGAAGCUGUAGCUUUGAAAGGCACUGGCCGAAGGAAACACCCUUCUUUUUUACGGGUCCACGAGAAAUGCCCUGACCCGCCCGACCCUGAUCGACAGAUACACCAUUUUAACAAUGGGUCCCAGCCAUUUUCUCCAUUGAUGCGUUCCCAAUACUCGCCCCAGUGCCCACCGAAAGAUCAAUAUCUCAGUUCUCAAGGUAGUGCAGGGGAUGACCUUGAACUUCCUGAUGUUGAAACGCUUUUCAACCAGCUUACUGGGAAGCGAACAGCGGAACAUGAGCAACAAAGUCCGUCAAGAGGCACACGGGGGAAGCUGUGUAUAGUUAGCGAUGACAGUGACGAUUUUGAUAUUUAG